ACGACGAAGAAGUAAGAAGAAGACGUUUCCGUUAUACGAGUCUUAGGCGUUACUACAGUACUUAAGAUUUGAAAACAUAAACUGCUUUUUCUUUAGCAAACAAUAUAUCGUUAUGUGUAUUAGCCAGUCCCAGUCGAUAUAAACAUCUCUGUGUUGGUCUUUAGCGGGUUUUGCUAACUCGUCGCUCUCAGUCGGGAGGAGGGUGUGGUUCAGAAACAAACACGACGACUUUUCAUCAUUUUGAAGUCAGAUUUUGUUGGAAUCUAGGACAAUAUGAAGGAGAUGUUCAAAAUCUUUACGUUUGUAUUGCUGAUAUGCGGUGUGUUUGGUGCUGAUGAAGAUGAAGUGAAGUCAGUGAUGGAGGGAGAUUCUGUCACUCUGAACCUUGAUCCUACUCAGAUACAGGGAUUUAUUCAGAUACAGUGGAGGUUUGGUAAACUGGGCUCUACCAUUGCUAAAAUUGUUGGAAAAACAAUCUCAUAUGAAGAUGAGGAGAUAUUUGAAGAUUGUCUGCAGCUGGAUCAGACUGGAUCUCUGACCAUCAAGAACAUGAGAACCAAACAUUCUGGUCGUUAUAAAGCCGAGAUCAGCCACAGCACUGGGACGUUGGACAUAAUAUUCAUUGUUACAGUCUUUGUGUCUCCGGAUGUUAUUGAUGCUGUUAAAGGUGAAAUGAAGCUCAUGUCAGUGACGGAGGGAGAUCCUGUCAUUCUUCAGACUGACGUUCCUCAACUAACCAGAGAUAUGUUGGUAGUGUGGAGGUCUGGAGAUGAAGGAAAACUCAUAGCUAAACAUGAUAUCGAGGCCAAAAGCUCACCAUUUUAUGUUGAAACUGAUGGGAGAUUCAGAGACAGACUGAAGCUGGAUCAGACUGGAUCUCUGACCAUCACAAACAGCAGAACCAAUGACUCUGGACUUUAUAGAGUGAAGAUCAGCAGCAACAAUCAAACAACAUAUAAGAGAUUCACUGUUACUGUCAGUGUUCCAGAUUCAGGUCUCUCUGGAGGUGCUGUAGCAGGGAUUGUUAUUGUUCUUCUGCUGCUGGUGCAGGCUGUAGCUGGUGUGAUGUACUUCUUCCGUCGCCCCAUUACCACCAAACUACCAAACCAAACAUGGAUAGUGCAACAUGGAGAUCAUGUGACUCUAAACCCUGAAACUGAAAUACAGAGAGGAGAUGAGAUACAGUGGCUGUUUGGAGCUGAAGAGACUCUCAUCGCUGAAAUCAAAGGAGAGAACAGAGAGAUGAAGACACAUGAAGGUCCUGAUGAGAGAUUCAGAGACAGACUGAAGCUGGAGACGACUGGAUCACUGACCAUCAAGUUCAUCUUCACUAAACACUCUGGACUCUUCACUCUGAAGAUCAGAAGAGGAAGAGAAACCUUAUACAAAAGAUUCAAUGUUUAUGUCAAAAGUGAGUCGCUCCAGUCAGUUUAAUAAUGAUUUCAUUCU